AUGGCGGAGGGGAAAAUGGGACCUCUGUUCUCCACUGUCCCGGGAAAUGAGCUGGAAAAUGAGGGGCGGGGAUCCACACCCCCUUCUCAGGACCUGCUGCACUCCUCUUUUGGCUCAUCCCUGUCUCUUUCCCCUUCAAUCCAUGUUCCAAAAGGCCGUGCAGAAGGACAGAGGCAUGUCGUGUCUCUGUGGUGUGAAGAGGUGGAGGAUGACCCGGUUCAGGCUGAAGCACCAGCACCAGCACCGGCCCCCGUCCACAGCAGAGGUCCGGCUCAGCUCCGAGCUGCCUGGGACCCCACUGUGUCAGGGCAUCGUGUGAUCCAGAGGCUGCUUCAGGUGGAGGAGCGCUACAUGCCUUCCAUGCUCUACGUCACUCUCAUCCAGAGGGAUCCAGAGCGCAGAGAGGAGCUCACCAAAUGGGCCAUGGAAGUGUGCAGUGAGUGCAGCUGUGACGAGGCGGUGUUCCCUCUGUCCGUCUCCCUGAUGGACAGGUUCCUGUCUGCCUGUCUGUCUGUGCCCGUCUCACCGUACUGCCUGGCCGCUGGCUGCGUCCUCAUCGCCUCCAAACUCACAGAGUGUGAUAAUGUCACAGCUGACACUCUGUGUGCAGCCGCUGAAUACAGUUUUCUGCCAUUUAACCUGAGGGAAAUGGAGCGUGUCAUCCUGGCCACUCUGCGGUGGGACACAGCAUCAGUGACUCCUCAGGACUUCCUCCCACACUUUGUUGCGUCUGUGGUGGAGAGCAGAGCGGCAGACAGUGACUGUGAGGAGCUGCUGUCCACCCUGCGGCGGCACAGCGACACUCUGUCUGCCAUGUGCGCCUGUGACUCGGCUUUUCUCGGAGCUCCACCGUCACUUGUUGCUGCAGCGUCGUUAAACUGCGCCCUUCGAGGUCUGGGAAACAAGGAGGCCUCUGAGCUGGUGCACAUGACUGAAGCACUGGCAGAGCUGUGUCAGACUGACCCAGCAGUGCUGCAGUGCUACAGUGAGAUGAUCGAAUACGCCCUCCGUCAGCGGCUGAGGAGUGGGCUUCAGCAGGGCCCCAUGGAGAAGGAUGAGGAGAUGGAACCUGAAAGACCCGGAACACCUACUGACAUGAGAGAGAUUGAUUUCUAAACGCUGAAUCCGUUGUUGCAUUGAAAGUGUGAAUCAAUCAAAAACCCUUCACCUUCAUCAGUCAAACUGAUAUAAAAUUACCUCAAAGUGCUGUGACAUGUUUCUAUACUUAUAUUUUUAAAAAAUAACAUUUUUGAGUGCUUGUUAAUUUAUUUGGACUUAAUUUAUUUGUGUUUGCAAACGUGUUUUCCA